UUCAUCACUUUGGCAUGUUCCAAAUAUAAGAAGGAUAACGCUGAUACAUUUUGACUAGUUAAUUAUAACCAUUAUGCAAUAUUCCUAAAAAAUAUACUACGAAGACUUAAGCCUCUAAAUCAAAUCCUAAAAUUUAACAAUAUACUGUCAAUCAGAGGCAUUCAACUGACCAUUCUUAUUUAAAUGCAUUUCCCUCAUAAGCAUAAUACUGUUAAAUUUCCAGAUUUUAGACUGGAGUUUGGUUUAACGCUGCGUGCGACUUUAUUUAGCAUUGAGGAAGGAAAGUAUAAAGCCUUGUUUGAGUUUUUAAAAGUAACUGGGUUAAUGAAGAGGAUUUGGGUUUUUUUUCGCUCUCAGUUCUAAUGGAAACAAGGAACUCUGGCCAACACUCCAGCAUAGUGGGUGGCGGUAAUGCACCCUAAACACUAGUUGCCACCCGCCAUUAAACAAAAGAAGAAGACGCUGCACGCGUACCGUACGGCAACGCAGCGUCACUAGAGCUUCCUCGGUCACUCUGUUGACCUGAAGAAUAUGAAGGUGCUCACAGCUUGUCGACACCCUACGGAGAUUCAACGAGGAAUAUAUUUAUGAGAUAUAUGGUCACAAGUAGUGUUCUUGUUUGUUUUUCUAGCUAGUUGUCCGCUUACAAAACUGGUUGCAUCAUUUUAAUAGACUGAAGAUGGUGCACAAAGUUCUGCUUUACUGGCCGAAUAUCAUUGGAUACUUUCGAAUUGGCCUUGUGUUUGCUGCUUGGGCAGCAUAUGAAAUACCAGCAGUGUUUGUUCUUUUUUACUCGAUCUCCAUAGCACUUGAUGGAGUAGAUGGCUGGCUGGCCAGGAGGCUGGGUCAGACCUCCAGGUUUGGGGCCUGGCUUGACGUAGUGGUGGACAACCUGGGCAGAGGCAUGCUGUGGAGCCAGCUGUAUGAGUGGGGUUGGCUGGUGUCUACACUGGAGUGGUGUGUGUUUGUGUGCAACCACAGUGCCCGAGGUGACCACUGGAAGAACAGCUUCACCACCAGCCCUGCAAUCAUACAAGCCAUCAUGGCCAAUGGGUUUCGGACACCCCUCGGCACAUGGGUGGUGAGCGGGCUGCACUGCCUCCCGCUGUGGCUGUACGGGUACCAGCGAGGUUUACUGUCCAGCUGGUUGUAUCUGCCGCUCUGGAUUCAGGUUCUGGGGACUGUGCUGCUGGCUGCAGGCCGCCUGCUAGCUCUGUCAGUGGAGGUGUUUUGUAUAUGGACAUACAUUGAUUUCCUCACCAAUGAUGAGCUGGAGGAGAAAAAGAACUGAAAUCCACUCAGCAGACCUUUGCUCUCCUGCCUUCACACUUAUUUCAUGUUCUCACCUCAGUAAAAAAAGAAGAAAAAAAAGAUCAGAUCAGUGAACAUGAUUGAUUUUAUGCAUGGCUGCUGCUGAGUUACUAGGUAUGGCUCAUCCCUCCCUGCUCAAAAUUAGAAGAAAGCAGUGAGUGAGUGAUAAAUAAAUACUAAAGACUAUAUAUAGUAGUUAUAGUUGUUGACUAAUACAUAAUAAACACAUAUCUGCUUACAGCUACAUUAUAGUGUGUAUAAGCCAUUUAACAACUGUUUAUAUACUGAUUAUAAAUGCUAAAUAGGGGAACUUAAAAUAAAGUGUUUACAUACAUGCAGGGAAAUAAGUCUAAAAAAACCAAAACCAAUUGUUUUUAAUUAAAACUGAUUGAAUAUCUGGCAGUUUUGAAUGUACUGUCUUACCUGAAGCAACAGCUGUUUACCACUGUACUGUUGUAAUGUAAGAAAACUCAAUGUUAAGCAGUUAUUAAGCAAAAGGCUAACUCUGGUGUAGGACGAUGUACACUCUUUAAAAUAUGACAAUUAAUGCAAAUAUAACCAAACAUUAUAACCGAAAACAAAGCUGUGAAUAGUUACAAGGUUUUCAUGUGAUGAUGAUGAUGAUUGAUGGGAAAUCCCAUUAAGAAAGAUCUAAAUGGAUUUGGUUACAUAAACUAAUUGUAACCAAUUGUGUAAAAACUAA